AUGGAAAGCCAGAGAAUACUUGUCAUUGGAGGCACUGGUGCCCAGGGAACAGCUGUUGUCAAGUCGCUUCUCGAAGCAGAACAGCCGUACAGGAUCAGAAUUUUGACCAGAAACCCGGCCGAUGCCUCUACCGUGGCGAAGUUUCCCACUGAAAGUGGAGUUGAGUUGGUCAAGGGUUCGUUCAUGGACAUGAAAAGCGUUGAAUCUGCAUUGCAGGAUUGCUACGGAGUCUUUGUCAACACAGAUGGGUUCACUGUGAAAGAGGCAGAUGAGAUAUGGGCUGCCAUGCGCAUUUAUGAAAUCGCUAAAGCAUGUCCAACGCUGAGACAUAUUGUCUGGAGUGGCUUGGAUUAUUAUCUGAAGCUGGGGAAAUAUGAUCAAAAAUAUGCCUCCUACCAUAUAAAUGCGAAAGCUAGGGUCAACGAUUGGCUACGAGCCCAGGAAUCCUCUCAUGAGAAUCAUGGCGUGGCAUGGACAAUACUCAAUACAGGGCCAUACAUGGAGAUGCUGUACGGUGGAGUCUUCAUUCCACAGAUCGAGGCGGACGGUACACGCGUUUACUCGCUUCCUUUAGGGAAGGGAAAGCUGCCUCUGAUCGCACUUCCUGACUUGGGUUUCUUUGCCCGUAUUAUUUUCGAAAACCGCAGCGAGUGGUCAGGCCAGACUUUGGGUGUUGUCUCACAGUUUGUUACGGGAGACGAGAUUGCAGAGACUCUCACAAAAGUGACUGGCAUACCUGCCGUUUACAAACCUUGCUCGGGUGAGGAAUGGGUUGAUCAAGUCCCCUGGGCUUCUGAACCGGUGGCUAAGAUGGACCCAUCCGGUCCCACGCAUCGGGACAACUGGCUCAUGUGGUGGCGAGCUUAUGAGGACGAUCUGCUUCUUCCAGAGAGAGAUAUGGUGAGACUCAAGGCCCUUAACCCCGACUUGAGAACUUUGGAGACUUGGAUGAAAGAAACCAAUUAUGACGGACAGACCAGACCACUACUGCGAGGUCACGAGUUCUAG